GCCAGCGAUGAAGACGAGCCUAUAAAUUGAUUGGCCUUCGGCUGCAUUCAGUUUAGUGCAAGUGCAGUUCUGACCACAAUAUCACCAGAGAAUGUUCAAGCUUUUCGUGCUACUCGCCCUUUUCAGUGGUGGCUUAGCCGCCACAGUUAUCUACCAUCACCCGGUGAUCUACCACCAUCCUCUGCCGGUUGCCUCCACGCCCCAGGAGUUGGCUCGCCAUCCUGGCUACACCAUUGUGGCACCUCUUACCAAGAUUGCCCACGUCACCUACGACUCGGUGCCCAUUUCGCAUACGGCCUACGAACAUGUUCCUCUGUUCCAGAGGAUUGGUCAUGUGAAAAACAUUAGGUUCUAA